AGAUUAAUUAAUAAUAAAAAUUCCACAAAUUCACAAUAAGAUGAUAUGGUGUUAUUGGAGAUAUUGACAGACUGUUCAUAAAUUGCCUCGUUGAAUCUGUAUCUUGCUUUCCCCUUUAUCUUAAUAAACUAUGUCUGAACAUAGUAUGUUAUUUCUUUGAACACUAACCUCCAUGUUCAGAAUGUGGUCUGCAUUAAAAAAUAGCAUGUUAACAAUCCUUAAAAGAUUUAACCGCCUCCCAACCAACUAAACGCGGGAGGGAACUGUAAAUGCUUAAAAUAGAAUAUGUGUAAGGUGGCAAUCCUAUAAGCAAGGAAAAUAACACUAAAAAAGAGUAUCAAGGAAUGCAUUUAGAAAUAAGAACGCUAUAGUCUAUUCAAAUUAAACAUCUCUCUUUUACAUAGUGAUAUAAUUUUUCCAUUAUUACAUAAAGGCAACAAAAUGAGUAUUUUGAUUAUUACAUAAAGGCAACAAAAUGAGUAUUUUGAUUGUUGUAUGCCUUGAGCAAUGUUAAGAUCAAAGUCCAAAGAAGACCCAACCAUUUUUUUCUGAGGAAGAAACCGAGAUAAUCUUGUUCAAUAAUUGAAUUAACUGAUCUCUAUCCGAAGAUAGCUUCCCCACUGUGGCCUGGAAUUAAAUCUUAAUGCAAAAUCAAUAUAGAGUACUUCAAAAGUCAAGAUUUUAAGACCAAAAUUCAGAAAAAGCCAUCAGCUUGAAGCCGUGAUAGGAUGCUGAUAAGGUUUACAAUGUUCAAAUUUCCUAAGCCUCCACUAUCCUGGUUAGCAGCAGCAGCAAACAACCCCUAAGACAAUGCAUCCUCAAGCUGUGUCUUUCGCCUCCGCCUAUUAUGAUGCCAUUCGCACUGUGUAGCACCCACAAUAUAUGCGAAUUGAUAAAGUUGAUCUACUAUCGAAAGCUUGAUAUAUAUCUUUUCUUCUUUUGGGCUCCUCUUCUUUUAUGACACACUGCUCAUUCAUUGAAUGUUUUUUUCCCUUGCUCUCUUUAAUGUGUCUGGUUUUUUUCUUAUGUUGUGUGUUCAACAUAUCCGAUUUACAAGAUUUUUGGAUCGCAAAGCACAUUGAGCAUUGGUAGCAUCUAAUUACGCAACACAUAAAGGGUCACUUAACACAUGGACCCCAGUCGUGCAACGUCAUUUGGAUCAGUGUCUUCCAAGGAACAUCAUUUGCCCAAAAAACAAUCUUCCAUACAUGUCCAUUGCAGUCAGCCAGAUGCUCAUAGCUUACAAGAGCACCUUGGAAAACAAUGCAAAGAGACUUUGAAACAACCAACACCUACUGCACAAAUAUCGACAACGAAGUGCCAUGUCGCUCAGCUCAAAGGAAAAGACAACCCUUGCAGCACCCUCGCUACACAAGCAAGUUAUACCAAACAAAGCCAACUCCAACCUUUGAGACAACAAACAACACCAUCUUCCAGACAUGCUCCGCAAACUAGCCAUUCAAGCCACAGCCUUUCUUCAACACCGCCAAAACCUAGCACAAUACUGGACCUGUGUUUUCAACGAGUUGGUUAUAUGUUUGAAGGUGACAUUCUUGCUGUAUAUGGACCUGCCAAGUACACCAACACACAAAACAAAACCGAGAUAUUGCAUGUGGACCUGAUAGAUUGUAAAGGCCAGAUGACAGUCACAAUGAAUAUUAGCAACACAUUGGUGGACACCUUUUUACCACGCUUGACCAUUGGAUCAGGCAUUCGCAUUUCCAACUUUACAAUUAAAAAUAAAUCACAGUAUGAAAGAGGUGUUGCAGAUUGUUGCAUUGCUCUCAUUGCAAAAAGCACCUUUGAAACUAUCCCAUGUGUUUGUAUCGAACACAAACUAGCACUCGAUUUGACAAUCUCACAACUAAGCGAAGCUGACUGCCACUAUUCCGUUGGUUCAUUCGGAGAAAUUGGAACCAGUUACCAUUUGACCAAAACACACCUUGAAGUACAUAUAAAGGAUGGUGAUUUGUAGGAAGAUAUGGCCACUGUACAUUUUGAACACUUUGAAUUGCACCUUUUUUUUUUGUUCCUCCUUUCAUGUCCUCUUCUGCCCUUCCCACUAAAAUUUUUAUUUUACAGGUUCUCAUCUCCACCACCUACAUAGAAUUAUGCGCAACUUUUCUACAACUCUUGUCAACAGUAGAUAUGCCUUUUAUACUGUUCAAAAAUAUUGUGCAUAAUAGUCCCCAAGGAACCCGGUCAUUUCGCCCAUCGCAAUCUACUUUCAUUGAAGAGCUUAAUGACCAGUGCACAAAAGCACAUUUGGAGACACUUGCCAAAUGUAAUAUCCAGGUUGUCAGUGUCCUCAAAGAAAAGAAUGCCUAUUUUCCACCCUAUGAAAUAUCUUGCUCAACGUGCCACCACUCCCUACCAUUUGAUGCUGCAAUUGACAUGGACUUUGUCCAUUGCACGUAUUGCAAUGCCGACACACAAACUUCUUGCCACCAUAACAUACUUUGCACAUUGAAUACACAAGAAGGCAACAUCGACUGCUCCUUGCAAGGAGGCAUACUUCAACAAACUUACCCAGAUAUCACAGAUAUAACAUACGAACAAUACCAACAAGACAUCUCGCCAAUGGUCUUUAUGUUGCGCAGGCUCCACGUCUAUGACACUUUCACAUCAGUUGUGAACAACACCGUUAUUGAUAUUGUCAAGCAAUAGGAAUUUUGAUGUAAUUGGGUUUUAGCACUCUCCAUGUUAAUGAAUAUUGCAAACUUGAAAAAUA